AGCAUCUUACAUCCUUCCCCACAAAAGUUGCUUUCUUGAUGAACUGGGUGUUAAAAGCAGCAGAUCCAGCUGGCAACAGGCAUGAAGAUGGCUGGCCUGGGCUGGAUGGCUGUGGUGCUGGCCUUCUUCCUGUCUCCUCCAAACAGUUUGGCUGCUGUGGACCAGACGUGGCUCACCAGUAUUGUAGAAGGCAUCAAAAAUGAGUAUGCACUUGGUGACGCCUUCAGUCUGGCUGUGAACAUCCCACAGAAUCAAGACCCAAACACUCUCAAGCAAGUCCUUCAAGCCGACCCAGCGGACAAAGUGAAAGAAACUGUUGCAAACAGUCAAGUGUACCAAGGCACCAGGGUGGUUGCAGCCACGCAGGCAGAUGCAGUGUCACGUGUUCUUGAGAACCUACAGCCGCUUAUACAAAGCAGUCAGGAUAAUGUCCUCAUAAUCUACUCUGAAGGAUCCCCAGAUGCAAAUGGUAUUGCUACCAAGAUUAAUGAUGUCACUCAGAAAUGGAGCAGUUAUGUCUUUGCCUUUUCUAAAGUAGUUGAUGUUCCUGAUGCUGACACAUCUCAGCUGGCUCAAUCCUUUAAACAACUUGACAUUUCCAAACUCGGGCUUGACAACAUAUUCCGUUGUUAUAAACCUGGAGAUGAUGCUUUUCAGUGCACCAGCUGCUCCUCAGGUGGAGAUGUUACACCCUCAUGUGUGACAAAUACAUCUCCAUCAACUCAAGAGCAAGAUGCAGGUGCAGAAACAAGUACAUCUGCACCAGGCACUGGAGUAGACACCGCAGUAGCCACUGGUGAAGGCAAUGCUGAAGGCACUGGUACAGGUGUUGGCGUAGGCACUGGUGAAGGCACUGGUCCAGUCGCUGGUGUAGGCACUGGUGAAGGCACUGGUACAGGUGCUGGUGUAGGCACUGGUGAAGGCACUGGUACAGGUGCUGGUGUAGGCACUGGUGAAGGCACUGGUACAGGUGCUGGUGUAGGCACUGGUGAAGGCACUGGUACAGGUGCUGGUGUAGGCACUGGUGAAGGCACUGGUGUAGGUGCUGGUGCUGGCAUAGGCACUGCUAUAAGCGCUGGCAGACAAAGACGAAAGGGGAAAGCUGGCCGACUUAGGAAGUGCAGAGGCCGUCGUAGACGAGGAUGCAAGCGUAGACGAGGUAGUAGAUGGAGAAAAGGUGGUAAGGUUAGAAAAUGGCCCAAGCGAAAGAGAGGGCGCAAGGGAAGAAAACGCGGUAAGCUUCGUAGAGGUCGUAAAGGUAGAAAAAGGGGCAAACGUAGAAGAGGUGGCAAACGUAAAAGAGGAGGCAAACGUAGAAGAGGUGGCAGGCGUAGAAAAGGAGGCAAACGUAGAAGAGGUGGGAAGCGUAGAAGAGGUGGCUGGCGUAGAGGCAGACGUAGGCAGUAGAAAACAGCAACAACUGUAAGUACCUCUAAGUCGGAGUAACAGCCCAAAUAAAUCUCUGCUUCAUAAAAGUGCAUUUAUUUCUUUUUUCUCUUCUCUGUUUCUCCGUCUUUUUAAUGAUAGUUGUCCAUUUUACUUUUUAACCAAUCAAAACCAUCCAUCCAUCAGACAGACAACCAAGCACAUUCACAUUCACACCUACGACCAAUUUAGAAUCACUAAUUAGCCUGGGCAUGUCUUUGGACUGUGGGAAGAAGCUGGAGAAGCCGGUGAGACCCCAUGCUGCACAAGGAGAACGUGCAAACUCCACCAAAAAGAUUUUAGGGAUUGUCUAGCUGUGAGGUGACAGUGCUAUCCACUGCAGCACCGUGCCGCCCACCACCAGCGAUAUUUUUCUGACUGUCAACAAAUCCCAUGAAAAUAUCAGUACCAACAAUGACUGAAGCCAGCAAGUUGGUGCUGUGUGUGAAUCGAAAGCCUGAUAUAUUUCGUUCCUCUCAGCCAUAGAGUUCCGUUGUGGUUGAAAAGCUAUUAGCAGACAGUGCGCUACAGUAUGUUUCUCAUGAGCACACACUGCAGUUUAUUUUAAAUUAGUCUUACUAACUAAAACACCAAAUGAAAACUAGCACACCAGAGCAAAACCACAAUGCUCACUACUUUUUUUUUAAUGAAACAAUAUAUGUUUGUAAAGGUUUUUGUUAUAUUUACAGUAAUUUUCUUGAUUUAGAAUCUACAUGGCAUACUUAAAGCAAAGGAAAAAUGGUUCAAUGUAAAUCCACAUCAAUAUUUACAGUACUUCUGUCAUAUUAUUCUGUAUGCAACAUGUUAUGCAACAUAUUAUGAAAUCAUCUGAUGUUCUAUUCUUUCUUAUUAAAGCUUGGCUCAGCAUCCA